CGUAUGUUAGGCGCCAUCUUUGAGGCUGGCAGCGGGGAAGGUGACGGCCUGAGUGGUGGCCCCGGCGGAUCGAGGCGACACGGUGGCGGCAGCGGCGGUCCCUGGGGUUCGGUAAAGUUCCCUGCUCGCCGGUAACUAGAGCCGUUCGUAGGCUGCAGGGGCAGGGGAAUGGCUUUUCGCCAGGCCCGGGUCCCCUCCGCUCCCCUCGGGGGAAGCAGGCCGCGUCCCCCGCGCCCGGCGGGGCGGGCGGCCCAGGCCGCGUCCCCGAGCUCUCCCCGCCGGCCUGUCCGUAGCUACCGGGGCGGGAGGGAGGGAGGGAGGGAGGUCGCUGGGGCCGUGCGGGCCCUCCGGGGGCGGUGGUGGGGGUGAGGUGUUCUCCUCGGCCUCGGCGCCCCGGGACUUUAGAGAGGGGGAGCUGCCCGAGGUAGGCCCAAGGUCCCCUCUGCCCCCGGUUGCAGGGCCGCAGCCCGGAGCGCAGCUCUCCCGUUUCUCACCCCUGCCCUUCCCCCGGCCGUUAGCCGUUCUAUGGUGCUUGGCUGCGGGCUCCCCCCUCCCCCCCCCAGCGUCCCGGUGGUUUCCCGGGGACACCGAGUCCCUUGGGCAGGCUCUGGAGAGAUUCGGGUGGGCAAAUUGAAGAUCCCAGUGCAGGUGCUUUAUGAGUAUGAGUUAUUUUCAGUUAAAACCUUGUGCCUUCCUUUUGUAGCAAUGCGUAUAAGGGGCGUGCUGUAAUGUAGUCAUCUGACAAAUUGCUCCUCCAUUCCCCAAAGGGACUGCCUUCAGGAUCUGACUAACUCUGGAUGCACCCGGUUAUCAUCUUAAUUUCUGCUUUAGGUUGUUUAAAACAACCCAAUUGGGUGAAGUUUGGUUUUGUUUCUCAACAAUUGGAUCUCAGAGGUUUCUGUUUUCUUACGUUCAUGUUGAUAAUGAAAAUGCAAAGGUGAUUUUUACUGUUGCAGGGAUCAGUACGUGGAGCCUACAGAUUGUUCCCAGAACUGGCGUUUUGGGGUGCGUGCUCAGAGAUUGAGCUCUGGGCCAUAUUUUCAAAACACAACGCUGUGUUACUUGAUUUUAAAAAAAAAAAAAAAGGACAUCUCCUAGGGAUAGGGGAAUUUGAAAUGAUAUCAGAACCACCGCUGUGGCAUGUGGUUGAAUUGGACACGCGUUAAACUGAUCAGGCUGAACAGAUAGGCUGAAUUUGUUGCUGGAUGACCAGGCGUUUCAAGAGAAAAGCUAGUCUAGAGAAAACUUCCUCUUGCUGUCGCUUCUCAUCUAAAAUGGCACCCUUCCAAAUGACUGCUUCCAGGGGAAAUAUACUCUUUUUGAGAUUUAAUAAAACAUUCAGUGAGGAAGAUGAAUUGUCAUAGUAAAUGGCUGCCAGGCCGUGGCAUUGAUUUCAGAAGUAGAAAGAGAAUGAGUGUCUUUUAAGUAUGCCUGUCUCACCCAAGGGUAGAUGUAGCAGCUUUAGCAGUCCUCUUAGUUUGGAAUUGAUUCCUGAUGCCCAUUUGGACACUGAGGAAGGAAAGCUGGUGGACAGAGAGAACGAUAGAGGAGAGACACCCACUAAAAAUAUAGGAAAGAAGGGGUUAUGCAUUAAGGGAAAGCCACUACAUUAAAAAUUGGUGCUAUCUAAAAAUUGGUUAAGGAUUUGGGACCUGCAGGUACGGCUACGCCUGUGUGUGCUGCAGUUGUGCCUGUUGCCUGGAAGAAGAGCAAAGACUUACAUUGUGUGGAAUUUCAGAUCUAUGGUUCACCUGGUGUGCCAUAUCCAGCAUAUGUUUAAAAAAAAAAAAAUCAACCACAGCAAUCCAGGUGCUCAUGUGGGGACACCGACUCUUUGGUGACAUCUCCAAGCAGAGCGUUGUGUACAUUGGGUGUGGCUAACAGCCGGGGUCACGGCUGUAAGAGAUGCAAGGGAGGGUGAGUGUGCCUGUGACGUGUCUGUGCCAGCCAUCUCCUCAGACAGUGGUUCUAGCAGUGUGAGUUUGACGUAUUUUCCCAGCUCUCACGUCGGCAGUGAUGGUGUGGCAGAGCCAGUGAGCUGUUUUUUCAGCUGGAAGAGGAGGACUGCACUGCAAAUGUGCCUGGGUAAAUGAGAGCUGUCAGAGAUUUGCUAUAGAUGUGCGUCGUGCUGGUGCAGCCAUUACAGCUGCAGCAAUAGUGGAUUCUGAAGCAUCUGGAGAAGAUGGAGUUUUCUUCAUGGAAGCAAUACUGUCAAAAGCCUUGUGAUGCCAGAAAUCAGGACAAACACAUCUGUUGUCCAGAACUUCUUGGUUGACCCUCAGUAUACCUGGCACGCUCCGUGCAAUGUUUAAAAAGUGUGGGGCAGGGCAGGGACUCGCCUCGGCACUUCCGUGUUGCCACAGUGCUUGCAGACCACACACCCUGCGCGCUGGGCCAGGGCCUAAACGUGAUGGUAACCUGAAGCUCAGGAAGCGCUUCUGGAUUUUUCUACUGUUCCACAUGAAUUUUUGCACCAUGAAGCUGAUGUAUUGAGCUAUUUCUUUUCAGCGGAUAGGCUUAGAGCCAGUUGUAGUUUAACAGCUCCAGGCUUAGCUGUUUCUGGUUUGGCUUUGCCUACUGAGCACAUACGUGUUAGGGGAAAGGACAUAAAUUUUAACCAUGGGACUCAGAGACUCUCGACUGCUUAAUGUUGUGAAGAAACUCAAGUGUGAGAAUGCACUUAAAUAACUGAUAAACAGAGCUAUUAUAAAAUUGAUUACUGAAGACACUUUUUUUUCCAAUGCCAACUUACUAGAAGUUCAUACAGAUUGUGACACUAGACAGUUUCCACUUGCAACAUGUGACUGUACAGCAUUGUAGAAGAAACAUUCUUCGUGGCUUUUGGAGAAAGCACAACACAAAAAAUAUGGAUUUAACUAUUGAUGUGUGUAACCCUGAACCAACCACGGACUACCUGACAGAGAUGGUCCACUGGAUAUCUUUCGAUACACUUCACCAGCAGAAGUCCCCUUUUAGAAAACAGGCAGCUCCCUCCCACUGGCUUUGGUAAGACUUCUGCAGCAGGAGGUGUCCUACAAGAACCGAGUUACCAAACUGAUGUGUGGCUUUCCCUUAAUCCCCUCACCCUGGCUUUCCAGCUUCUGACAACACCGCCAAUGUUGUGUGUGCAGUGUUAGGUGCCAGCUGCCAUGUUUUACUUCUAUUUUAAAAUUAAUAAUUCAGGACUUACUCCGUGACCAUAGGAGCACUGAGAACAGGUUAGCAGGUGCUUAAGAGAUAUACUUACUCAUUCUGCUAAGGCUUAUCAAGUUCUUCAGGAGCUCCAGCAUUCAAACCAUCUUCCACAGGAUCACUUGUAGCAGGAAAUAGCUGCUCAGUGAACCUCUCUCUACCUUUCAUAUGUUAAAAUGACUUUGAAACAGCAGAAGGUGGAGCAGAGGAGGGACAAUGGGGCUAUUCUCAGCUCAUUCCAGUGGUCCCAGAUGUCCAGUGGGUGCAAGAUUCUUGGCCUGCUGGUGGAGGUGACUGCAGUUCUCGAAGUCAGGUGCUGCCAUCGGUCAUGUCCUUCUGGCUUUGCAGAGCACGUGGAGACUUUCAAAUCAAAGGUGUCGCUGUCACUCUUGAACUGUGAGAUGCGUGAAAUAUCUUAGGCUUGAAGCUUAUUUUCUACGAGGUGAUGCGCUCAGAUCUGAACUCUUUGUCUUGGCCGCUUUACUAGAUCCCUGCUGUAAAGGUUGCUUUGAAGAAUUCCUUCUCCUGAGUCUUGAUGUGUCAAGCUAAAGAGAAAUCUGUACUGAAGCAGUGUCUGAUUUAAUGAGUGCUUCAGUACGAGGUUAUUCUUUGACAGUUACAGAAACACCAGGCCAAUCAGCCCUUUCAGGAACAGAUUGAUUUGCCUCUCAUUUUAAAGAAGAAUGUCCUAAUUCAGGUCCUUGAAGUGGCACAUCUUCAGAAAGUUGCUCCAGCCAGCAAGGGACAGCUGUGGUGGUUGUGGUAAUUCAUGGCUCUGACUCUCAUAGAUCACAAUGAAAGGUGACCCUAGCUCACUGGUGGAGGAAGCCAAGACGAUCAUCUGCUUUAACUUUUGCCUUCUUGGCUGGCAACCUUGCAGUCUUUGAGAAGGUCUUGAGUGCUGUAACCCCCAGUCUUAGGACAUGCCCCCAGUCUAUGUUUAGACAGUAUUUAACAGCUCAAACUGACUAAAAGAAACGUAAAGAGUAGAAAAUACGACUAUUCUGCUUCAACUUUGGACAGCUUAGCUUUAGAUUUUCAUACAGAGAAAGAGAUAUGUUAGCAAGAGGUACUUCUGUGCUUCAGACGACACGAGGAUGUGUGGUUCGCAUAAUGCACUGUUCUAUAUGUAAUUUCUGACACCUAGUGCACGCUGUGCUUUCAGCCUUCAGCUUUGCAGUUAGGGUAACGCUGACCGAUUGAAAGGGGGUGUUAGAACAUGGAGUGCCUGGUGCUCUUCCUUCCUUGUCAUCUUACUGUCCUAAUAAACAGGGGUGUUAAGCAUCUUUAAUAUUAAGAAAUUAAAGGCACAAAGUAGACCAGCAAGAGAGACUAAGUGAAAUACUUUAUGCCUUAUAACCAAAAAGGACCCAUAGGUAGGUGCAAUAAUAUUUCUCUCAUGCAUUUGUUGAGAUGCAAACACAAUUUUGUUCCCUUCUUGCUCUUCAGUACAGGACAAAGGCAGGUCAGGAAGCUGGAAAGUUAGAGCAGGGAAUAGGGCUGUUUCUUCAGUGCAAGAAGCUUCAGAAAAACAACCUUGUAAAACAAACUAGACAGACCGUCAUUGUACUAUUUAUCUUCCCUAAGCAAAGGUAAAGUUGAUGGCACUUGUUGGCAUGUUUUUCCUGACCCCUUGCUACUGCAUCUGUAAUCGUUUUGUUUUGUUUUUUUCCCCACAAAAUGAAUUCAAAAUCUCUUAAUACAAAAACUUGGCUAGACUUCUGGAGAAAAAAAGAAGUGUUUAAAAUUCUUAUCAAUGUCUAUUAGAGACCUGCUGAGUGCACCAGAGUUACUCAUUUUUAUUCAGACUUUCAGGGGUUAGUGCAGCUGAUUUCUGUUUAGCACUCAGAUUGCCAUUGUUAACUGAUACCAGUUUAAAAAAAAAGUUUUUGAGUUAACCUUUUUUAAAACAAAAGGACUUUCAUGGAGUUUAGAACGACGAGGUUUUUUGGGUUUUUGUUUGUUUUGCUUUGUUUUGUUUUAAAGUUUUACUUUUUUCCUAUUCCUUAAACAAGAUCCAUUCAAAUUCUGAACAGCUCUUGAAGUCUGCUCAGGAAUAUGGAAGGCAGCAAGCAAACUACUGAGCUGUUUGUGCAUUCAAAAGAACUAAAUCUGAGGGGACUUUUUUUCCCCGUGGUGGUGGAUAAAGUAGUGUUGCAUUACACAGAUGUCUCUCACUCCCUAGGAAAAAGAAAUGCCACCUUCUAGACCAUUAAUUCCUUCUGAUUUGUAUUUGAAUGCCUCUGCUCAGCAAAGCAGUGGUCCUUAAUUGCCGUCUAUUUAAGUGUUGGAUUGUGCAAACUGAAGAAAUCCGUGCUUGAAAUUCAUUUUAGCUAUCAAUGGUGUUGGUAACACAUUUGGAAAAAUGUUUCUUGUCAAACUUCUACGUGAAGGAGCACCACUAAUUUUUAGAAGUAGAUGCGUAGGAAUCCAUAUGACAAAAAUUCUGGUUUUGAAGGUGCUAAAGGUCAAAAGUGAAUGGUCACAUCGAUACAGAAGAAGGGAAGAAAACCUUGCACUUAACUACUGUUUUUAUUCCCAUUGUCAAGCAAUCAAAAACCAAUAACUAAUAUGAGAACCCAACUUUUCCUCUCUUUAUUUUAGAUUUGGGAAAAUUCCCUGCCAAAAAAAAAUACCCUGGAAAAUUCACUAGUGUUUGUGUGAGUAAAAGGUUCCAACCUUUUAUUAUUGAUUUGUAAGAACUAUUUCAUUUGGUUUUGUCCAAAAGAGUCAGAAAAACUUUGCACAGAAAUGUGCAGCACUUUAAUGAAAGGGGUCAGAAUCACUUUAAUUUGAACUUUAUCUGGUCUGGUUGCAGGUUUUAUGGCAUUUGGAAAAAAAAAUAAGAAUCAAAGUAUGUGACUUCACAUUUAAAAAAAAAAAAAAAAAAAAACCAAACCAAACUGCUUGUGGAUAAAUAAAAUCAGUUUCAGCUCCAGUGGCACCAAAAAAUCAUCUGCUGUUGAAUUGGACCUAAGCCAUCUUUUCAAACCUCCUGUGAUCUUGCAGCAAUGGAUAAUGAUGGAUAUAUGGAUUAGGGAACAGCAUGUGAUGGCAAACUUGUAGUAUUUGCUCUGAUGUAAAAAGAAACCAAAUUAUUUCCAAAAAUCAAAAUAAUUCAAAAUUCUUGGUAUCAUGCAGCCAUGCCACUUGCAAAGUGAGCAUUUCCCUGCCUCAAAGCUUGCUGUAUCCUUGAUCUGCUGUCUUCCUGCUGUUAAUUGAUUGCAACUCUCCGUGUCUGAUCAGGGCUAAAAGUUGUUCUUGGUACAGAUCUCAUACAACAUAUACUGUGCACGCUUGUGUGUAUAGAUAUGUUAUACUGUAUGCAUGUACAUAUGUAUGCAUAUUUGUGUGCUGGCCCCAAAAUCACUCAUGUUAUGAAGCAUCAGCCUUGAAGGCAUAUUCAUCAAAAUAUUAUGUAGAUCUUUCAUUUUUUUGCCAGUUCCCUCAAAAAUAAGAGACUUUUUAUGCAGUCUUAUGUGGCAAAUAGCCAAAAAUUCUAAUUUUUGCUAUCACUCUUGCUGACUUUAUUAUCACUCACUCUUGGUGUGUGUAUAAACACAUAUGUGUAUGUAUAUACAUAUUUGUGUAUUUAUACACGCAAGUAUGUUUUUGCUGUACAGGUAAUAAAGAUGGGGGAAGGUUUUUGUGUUUUCUUAAUAGGUGAAGAAAUCUUGAAGACCAGCAACUUACUGAAUUUUAAAUUUAAAAAAAAAAAAAAAAAAAAAUUAUCCGGCUGUGGAAGAUGGAUCCUCAUUUUUGCAGCCACUUUGAAUCACAAGUUCAUCUUUAAAUGCACUGGGUUUUUUUGUUGGUUUUUUUUUGGUUUUUUUUUUUUUUUUUGAAGAGCUAACUAACCCUGGCUGUCUCCAGUCUGACAGUAUUCAAAUGGACUUGCUUCCUCCAUUAGUUGUAAGAUGUUUAAAAGCACAUCAUAUGUUUGAAUUGUGGAUGAGAGGUUCCCUUGGCAAUGUGAGGAGGAAAAUUCUUUCUACCCCUUUAUUAUUAAUUCACGGAUUCAGUGUUGGUUCGGCCUACAGGAGAAGUUAACUGGAAGUCUUUGAAGAUCAAUAUGUUUGCUGAAGUUGUCCAGGGUUACUUUUAAAAAGAAGAUUUCACUGAUCAAGCCAGUAGAAGACUUUCAGUUCAAGAAAGAGUGAAGCCAGCUCUUGCCAAGACUGGAGGAAGUCCCUGUUGAGUGAACCCUUAGCACCUGUUCUAGGAAUUUGUCCAUUAUGUCUAACCAAGGAGAUGACUGCUACUUCUAUUUCUAUUCCACUUGUAACAAGGGAGACAGCUGUUCUUUCCGCCACUGUGAAGCUGCUCUGGGGAAUGAAACAGUCUGCACGCUCUGGCAGGAGGGUCGCUGUUUCAGGAAUAUCUGCAGAUUCAGACACAUGGAAAUUGAUAAAAAACGCAGUGAGAUUCCUUGCUACUGGGAGAAUCAGCCAGUCGGUUGUCAAAAAUCCAACUGUGCUUUUCAUCACACAAAAGGACGUUAUGUUGAUGGGCUUUUCUUACCACCAAGCAAAACUACGCUUCCAAGUCCACCUGAGUCUGCAGAAGACGAUGUGAAAAUGGCUCAGAUGUCACUGCAGCAAAACAAACUUUCUGUCCAGUCAAAUCCCUCUCCACAGCUGAGGGGGGUGAUGAAAGUGGAAAAUUCUGAAAAUGUCCCAAGUCCUACACAUCCUCCAGUUGUAAUCAAUGCUGCAGAUGAUGAUGAAGACGACGAUGACCAACUUUCUGAAGAAGGAGAUGAAACUAAAACACCUGUCCAGCAACCAACUACAGAAGCCCAUAACGGAUUGCGGAUGAUUUCCACUAGGAAAUCCAAUGCUAAUACAAAACAAGAUGACAAUUUAAAUUUUGGAAUAAAAACACUUGAAGAAAUAAAAUUGAAGAAACUAAAGGAAAAAACAAAAAAACAAGGUGAAGGUCCUUCAGGAGUUUCUGUUCAUCCACUUCAAUCUCGGACUAUUCCUGUACCAGAAAAGGAAAAUGUACGGACAGUAGUGAGAACUGUGACUCUGUCUACAAAGCAAGGGGAGGAGCCUGUGAUUCAACUGAAUCUUGCCGAGAGGCUGGGAAAACGGAAAACCUCCACAGCUGGUAAAAGUGUCAUUGCACUAAAGCGCAACCUUGCUGAAAGACUGGGGAAGAAAAUAGAGAUUCUGGAGAAUGCUGACAAAGCACCAAAGAGAGUUCAAGUCCCCAAGUCUCUGAAGGAGAGGUUAGGAUUGCCCUCUGAACAGACCAGUACAGAGACAGAGAAGGCUGCUAAGCCAGCAGGAGAGAUCCAUGUGAAAACACUGGAGGAAAUUCGUCUUGAGAGAGCUAAUCAGAGACGAGGAGAACCUCAAGCAAAACCCCAGGCUGAAGGACGUUGUAAAACAGAAGAUCCUAGCUUGGGGGCAAGACCUUCCCCUGCAGUUCGCAUCAAAACUUUCUCAGGAGCCCUGGCUGAAAAAAAACACAAGCGAUUGGAAGAAGAGAAGCAAAAAACAGACGAGUUUCCUACCAAGACAAAAGUUGAAAGUGAGCCCAAGAAGCAGAGCACACUUGCUCCAUCUGCACCCAGCAAAGUGCAGCUGGCAGAGCCGGCAGGUAAAGCCAAGCCAGUAGGCGAAGUGCGUAUUAAAACCUUGGAAGAAAUCAAGCAGGAGAAAGCUCUGCGGAUGCAACAGAGUGGAGAAAAUGUGCCAGCUCCACCAGCGCAGCCUGAACCUGCCCCAACAGGGAGGAGAUUGUUACGGAUCACAAAGCUGAUAGCACCUGGAAGAGAAGAAAAGAAGAUAGUGGAAUUGAGCAAGCCUUCUCCCAAAGCUGUCUCUGCACCUAAAGAGCCCUCUGAUCAGAGUGCAACUAAUUCUAAAGUUCAAGUGAAGAGCCUUGAAGAGAUAAUGAGGGAGAAGCGGCAACUGAGACAACGCCAAGAAGAGAAGCUUCAGAAAGAAGGAGCUGCUGUGCCAUCUCCUGUUGAGAAAGCAGUCAAGGAUAAAACUCCAACAUCAGGGAGUCCUGAAUCCACCGUGGUUUCAGGGUCAGCUUAUCAACUUGCGAAGAAGAUAUUGGUGAAAUCUCCGGAAGAUGGGGUUGAAAGCGCAGGAAAGGAUGCCGCUGUAUCACCAGGGAAACAGGCAGCUCAACUGGUGGAACGGAAAGCUAGAACCAAAUCAAAGGUGUGCCUGAAGCCUUUGGAUGGGAAAGCCACCUCCCCCACAAAGCAGACGCUGAAACGUAAGGCAGCUGAGAGUCAUCCUUCUGCUGUGGCGGCUGUGAAACCGUUGAGUACCACUGGUGGUGACACGAAGGAGCCUUUGGCUAAAAAAGCAGCUGUGGCCGUUGUUCCUGCUUUGCCAGAGGACAGCCUGGUCUCCAUGCCAGGGAGAGAAAAACCCAAAACCAGUCCUGAUGUGCAUAUUGGAAGCCAGGCAGACUCUGUGGCACAGUCAGAGGUCUCAAGCUCAACCGCAACUUCUUCACAAGUAGCGGUAAAAACACGCCGGCUGAGCUCCACAGGGGCUGGGAAAGCACCCUUAUCUGUAGAAGAUGACUUUGAGAAGCUUAUUUGGGAAAUCUCAGGAGGCAAACUGGAAGCAGAAAUUGACCUGGACCCAGGGAAGGAUGAGGACGAUCUCCUCCUGGAACUUUCGGAAAUGAUUGACAGCUGAACUCCAGAGUCUUAAGGUUUAAAAAAAAAAAAUUAAAACUUUCUAUUUUGUUGGACACCCGGAGGUCAUCCUUUUUCUAGCUGAGGCUUUGCAAUGAGUCUUAAAGCACAGUUGAACUGGUAGAAAUUAGCAGUAUCUGCACUCAUUUGUCCUAAAUUUCCCUGCUGGUCAGAGUCAAGGUCCUCUGUAACUAUCGGUGGCUACCUGCGACGUUAAGAGGACAAAGCACUUGUUUGUUCCAGGGCAGAGGCAUGCUCAUCUACAGACUGUGGUGGUUGUGAACUGAUGCACGGAUUCAGUGAUGCUCUGAAGGCUUAAACUUAAAGCUUCUUCCUUCCUCCCCCCUUGGCAAAACUCAACGUUCGGCAUGUUUCAUAGCUUUGGUAUUCUGAUUUCUUGGACAGUUGAUAUCUAAAGCCUGGAGUUACUAUGUCAACUGUUGAGUUUUAUGUAUGUGCGCUCUCAUUUUGACUUUAAUCUUUUAGGGUAACUUAAUGAAAGGGUCAGGGUGGGAGGGAGCAGAAUAAUUACUCUAGCAUUUUGGACCAAACGUGCUGCCAAGGGUGGUGGUUGGGAUCAGUCCAUCCAGCCUUACUUUUGAAUUAUCAGGGAUGAUAAAAUAUCAGCGUGGAAAGCAGCAGCUCUACAGUACAGCUAGAAUACAUACCCCCCUCCCCUUGCGUUGUACUGUACCAAAGCUUGGGGGGUUCGGUGCUUUUUGCUGAUGUGAAUAGGAUUCUGGGGCGGGUAGUCAGGAUUCCUCUUGUAGUCUGCAGUAAAUUGGCAAACUAAGAAUUGGUUUAAGUGCCUCUCGGUUCCAAGAAUCGCUUCCCCGAGCUGCCGGCUCGUUUUCUGCCGGGCAGCAGCGGCUGCUCGGACUCGUGUUCGAACACUAUCAGUGUUGUCUGACCUCGCACCGACCCAGGCCGGCUAUUUUGGAACCCGGUACUGCUGCAAGCCCGCCCCAUGCCCUGGGGAUCCUCCCUUGAUCUCCUGCCCCGCUGCUGAGGAUUUUGCUCCAGGUAGCAGGACUGGAGGUUACUGGUCUGCCUCACGUGCGGUCUGAAUUUGUGACCCUGCGGAAAAGACCUGAGACUGGGGUGUAUUGUGUACCCUGCCACCAGUGAUCGUUUUUCCCUAGCAGAUAUAUUUUGAAUUAUUUUCUUAAGUUUUUGAAGAACUUUAGUCUCUUCCUCCUAUCGUUUGUGAAGCUGUAGGGGCCCUCAGGCAUUUGCUGCUGGCAGAGGAAAAAAAAAUUGGUUGUUUGAGUUGAUUGUAAAUACUUUCUCUUUGGAAGAAAACACUUGUGUGCUUUGAUAAUCCACUGUGAUGUAUGUCUUAGUUCCUAGAGGAAAGGUUUGAAACCAAAAUUAGAAAACUGCUGUUUGGGCUCCAGAAGGGUCCGACCCUUCGUCCUGCUGAAGGACUUUCUCACCGCGAGACUUCUGCCAGCGUCGGCCGCUCCGAGUGGCUUUGGGAGAGAGGAAGGCUUCCCCCUCGCCCCAUCCCUCCUCCUGCUCUGUGGUCAGCCAUCGCUGGCCCGGGUUCCGUCCGUGGAGACAGGAUUUGGUGUAUGCCAUGGUUUCUGUAAAUAUUUUAUUCUUCCAUUUUAUAUUUGUAUUCUAUUUAAGGUAUUGUAUUAAACGUAGUCUGGCCUCCACCGCCGUCACCGGUAGUUGCGCUGUUCCACGCGACAGCACUUAUCAGUGUUUUUAAAUAAACCCGGCCUAGGAACGGG